UAAAUAGAAAUAGUGAAAGUGCAAUUUUUUUUUUUUCAUGAAAUAGAGUCUGAACUUGGAAUAGAAUUAUGUAAAUGAUCAAUGAAACUUUGUUGUAUGACUUUAUAACAUUAAUUAUGUGUAUUCUUUAAAAGGAGAAGCUUCUUAGGUUACACAAGGGAGUGAAAAACACAAAACAGACACUGUUAGAAUUUGAGCUUUGUCACGCAAAAUUACCGGAUCUUCAGACUCUUCUACCUCUUGAAUAUUUGGAACACCAAAAAAAGGAAGAUCUGCCAGCUUUACCAUGGCUAACUGAUGAUAUUGUGAACUGCAGGAUUUCUCAGUUAGUAGAUGGACAGAAGUUCAAGGUCCUCCCUACAUUUGAGUUUGUUUGCUGGUGGCGUGACAUUAAAACCACAGGAUCAAUUACCUCUCGCAACAAGAAGAUUCUUCAGGACCUGCACCCAGACACAGUCAUUUUGUUUCCCAGGAUUGUUGGUGGUAAAACACCUGAAAGUGGAAACCAUUUCAUUCUUUGGGUGAUUGAUGGAGUCCUGAAACAAAUCAGAGUUUAUGACUCUCUCCAACUGUAUCCUUCACCCAAUGACUGGGAGAUGGACAUACUAAGACAGGCCUUUCAGGAGACAUGGGACCUAGCAGCAUGGGAUGUUCAAUACCCACAGCAGUGGCAUCAAAAGGACUCACAAAAUUGUGGUGUUUUUGUGUGCACAAUGGCUGAAAUGGAAGUCCGUGGGAUAAAACUUGGCCAAGACACUUUAAGUGGACCUCAACUACAAUUUCUCCGGCGUUAUCAUGCAACUUCCAUAAUUUGUGAUGUUAUGGUGGAGGAAGUUCUGAAAAGUCGUCAAGAGUGUAUGGCAGCUGAUAUAAAUGUCUGUGUCUUCCAAAAGCUGGGGACAAGAGGGUCAUUGUAUCCUGAGGUUAAAAACCUUCAUUGGGUACAAUGUGAAUCCUGCAAAGGAUGGCUGCACACAGACUGUGCUGGUGUUAGUGACAAGGCCACCAGAGGCCAUUUCACAUGUGGUUGCCGAAGAAAAUUGCCAUUGAAUGUUGACAGAACUUUGCACAUUCUGCAUCAAGAGGGAAUUGACGGUCUCAUUGAUAACAACGAAAUAAAGAAAAUCUACGAAGCCCUCCAUGCUGAUGAACAGAAGUCAAGUCGAAUGUAUCUCUGGAAGCAUCCUGCUACAUCGCUGAGAUUGAAGCAGCGGUUAAAGCCGAAGUUCUGCCAUUUCAGUGAUGAGAAUACAAUCAAAAUGACGGCAAAAAUCAAAGCUGCUCUGAACUUGGGAAGUGAGAUUCAGGACCUGAAUUUAAUGUUUGAUGUUAUGAUGCCAGAGAUCAUUAUAAACAUCCUUCAAAAAAAUGACCAGGUCUCAAGGUAUAUGGCUGAGAUGUUUCUUGCCUCAGGACCAAUACUGGACUGAUUAUUGAGCAUGCUAAAAAGAAGACCACAGUAGCUGUUGUAUCAGUGCCGUUAGCAGUACAGUAGUUGCUCAGGUGACCAGCCAACGUUGUUAUAGACAAAAAAAGUUUGAUUUGUGUUUACCUUUAUAUACAUUUUCCAGAAAAUAUUUGCUACAGUCUAAUUUAUUUGUAAUUGCCUUCCUGUUUAUUCUUAUGCUUGAUUAAAGAAUGUUGCAUUAAAUAAUUUCCCAAUCCCAAUUGUGGACCAAACUAUAUGAACCUAGCACACUUUACUCAAUUCAUUAACUAAUUAACAAACUUCUGAAGCACUGGGUCAGGUGAAAAAGAGUAA